AGUGGCCACUGUGUGACCGAGGUUUACUAUAUGACAGAGAAUGGAUGGUGGUUACAGAGAGUGGGAUUGCCAUGAGCCAGAAGAGGGAGGGUAGACUGUGUCACCUUAAAUCAUCCAUUGAUCUCAACAAUAACAGACUGCUUCUAGAUUUUCCUGAAAUGGAAACAAUGAGUGUUAGUUUAGAUACAAUGUCACAACAUGAAACUGAGGCCAGUCUAUGUAGCUCUAAAGUGUGUGGAGACAGGGUACAAAGUUACGAUUGUGGUAACGAGGUUGGAGACUGGUUGAGUGAAGCAUUAUGUAGACCUGGAUGUCGUCUGAUACGUCAAGCUACGGGAGAUAAUAGAGUGACCAAAUUGAAAAAUGAUGAUGCAGAAGAUAAGAGUAGACUGUCUCUAGCUAACGAGUCACAAUACCUCCUCAUCUGUAGAGACAGUGUGACCGCCUUACAACAGAAAAUACUCAAACGUAGAGAAGAGGGGGAUACUCAGGACUGUUUUGAUAUAGACAAUCUUGUUGACCGUUUCCGUGGUAACCUGGUGGUAAGUGGUUGUGAUCCUUUUGAAGAGGAGUCAUGGACGAGCAUAAAGAUUGGAAAACUUCAUUUUAAGAGUCAGGGUACAUGUACAAGAUGCCAGAUGGUAUGUUUAGAUCAGCAGACGGGCGAGAAAAGUAAAGAACCAUUGAAAACACUCGCUGUUUGGAGAGGAACAAAGGUACCAUUUGGUAUACAUCUACGAGGGUGCUUCAGUGCUACUCAACCAAUGAUCCGAGUUGGAGACCCAAUUUUCAUUUCUUGACGAAAAUCUACCUUUAGACCGAGAAUUAUUUUUGUCAGGAUGCCAAACAAUUUUUUUUCAUAAUCAGACUAAAUAACUUUUUUAGUCAGACUGAAUAAUUAUUUAGUCAGAAAUUAAGAGGGUUAAAUAUUUAAUUGUUAUGCUCAUUUACAAAAAUAGUAUUAUUUAAAUUGUUUUCUGUAUUUUACUGUUUUAUGAACAUUUCUUUAAAGGGGUAUUUUUUGUUCUAUUAUGUCUAAAAGCUAUGUUUGUAUGUUUAGCUUGCAUCAGCAAUUAUUUAUUUAUUUAUUAAGGAUUACAAACUCUAAUGAAUUUGUAUAUCUGGCAGCUUCUAAUUUGGGGUUAAUGUCACAUUCAUCUGACAGUUUUUUGUAUUACCUACUUUAACCGGUAGAAGAUUUUUGUAAAAUGAGAGAGUGACCAGUGUUCUUCACUAUGAUGUCAUUAUUAAAAAAAAAAAAAAAUAAAUAAAAUAGUACAAAUUUAGUGGUAUUACAAUGUUCAUAAGGCUCUGAAAUCCUUGGAUGUGAAAAUGUAUGUUUUUGACCUUGAAUGUUUUACAGUGUUAACUUAUUGUAUGCCUUGUUUGUUAUAUUGAUAUAUUUUAGAGUGUUAACUUAUUGUAUGCCUUGUUUGUUAAAUUGAUAUACUUUAGAAUUUUGUUAAGCAAUGAAUUAAAUUUUUAAUGAAGCUAAACUGUGAUCUGUAUGUUGAAGGCAGGGAUGAUACAUUAAGUGUUAAACUUGUUAAAGGAGCUCAACAGUGGCUUUUUGACAUGACAAGACUGGAAAUAUGUUUUUUGAAAUUUUUAUACCAUUUCAAUAUUGAGAUAGGUCUAUAACAAUAUUUUGUGUACAAAAUUUCUGAUCGGUGGCUGACUCUUGUUUUUUCAGAGUUAUUUUUAUGUUGCAAAAUCACAUAAAAAUGAAAAAGUGCUGAAGCACUUUAUUUAAAAUACAGCUUAGAAUCAUACUAAAUAACAAUUUUCAAUUCAUUUCUGAAUAUAUUUCUUUUAUAUCUUGUUCACAUUUUUCCUGGUUUAUCAGUGCAUCAUUUCUAAAUUUUUGUAUUUUAUGCUUUUGGACCUCAGUUGUGUUCCUCUAAAGCUUAGCUGUAAAAUAUCAGUUCGAAUAUUUUUUUUUUCCAAGUCACUGAAAUACAAUGUAGUGUUUUCUUUUACAAUUGAUCAUGAAAAGUAAAUGAAACAUAAAGACAAAGUGUUGAACAAUAUGAGUAUGUCCAAAAGUAUCCCUGUGAUGUUUAAUUAUACAUAGUCUAGAUAUUUAGGAUUUUUAGUAUUUUACAUUUAUCUAAACAGAAUUAUACAUGUAGUUUUGAUAUAUCAAUUGUUGAAAUAAAAAUAUAUACUCAGAAUAAUGGUUUAACUUAUUCUUAUAUAAGUCUUGCGCAGCAUAUCGUGAUCAUUUUUCUUUGGGAUAAAAUUGUUCCCCGGGACAUCUCCAGGACAGACAUCUAAUUUCCCGGAUGUCUGGGACAUUGUGGCAUGUACAUUCAGUAAAUUAUAAGCAACCUACUUUCCUGAAUUUCUAACAAUCUACUUGCCAAACCAAAGAUUAUAGGUAAAAUAUUUUUGUUCUUCUAACAAAUUGAUUGUCUUGAGCUUCAAAAAACGAAUAGUCUCUCUGACACAUUUUUAAGCUGCAUGCCUCCAUAUGAACUAAAAUAUUUCAACAAAGUCACACUUGAGAAAAGAGAGGUAAAAAUAUUCAAGUCAUAAUUUACAUGUUACAUGCGUUUAAUGACUGAUUUUGCACUAGUUAUCACCUACUAUUUAUUAUAAACGCAGUACGGGCUAUUUUUAUAUAUUUUGACCUAUUUUUGAAAGUUUUCGUAGGUUUUUAGUGCUGUUUUUUAGGAGUUGUCUGA